CUCUCCCCCCUUGCUCUGCCCUCCCCCAGCUCUAGCUUCGGAAAUCUUUGGAGAGCUGGGGGAGGAUCGGACGCAAGUAUUCACGGGGCACAAAAAACCAUCUCACACCGGAAGGUUUUUGGUUAUGAUACAGAAUAACGAAAGCAGGGCCUCAACACUCUCGUUGAGCGGCGAAAACGCGAUUCCAGCAAUGAAGUAACUUUGAACACUCGUCGUACCGUAGUUUGCGUUCUUCCCGCGUGAUUUCCGCUGUCCUGUUCUGACGUCGUUGCUGUGUGUUGUGGCGGAACAGGAAGGAGCUACCGUGCACCAUGACUAACGCUUACACCUUGGAUGGACUUCUAGUCUUUGCUCUGCUUUUUGUCUGUACCUGCGCUUAUUUCAGAAAAGUUCCACGUUUACGUUCUUGGCUUUUGUCUGAGAAGAAAGGAGUAUGGGGAGUUUUCUAUAAGGCUGCAGUGAUUGGAUCACGUCUACACUUACCGGUUGCUUUGUCCUGUUUUGCCAUGGCCUUCUAUGUCUUGUUUAUAAAGUGAAACGGUGAUAUCUUCAAAGGAUCUCCAAUCACUGUUCUUGUGUUAUGGCCCCAGCCACAGAAAUAUGGAAAAGUAUAACGGAACCCUAUCAUCUUAAGCCAAAAUACUCUUGGUGGACACCUGAAUGGACUAUACAAGAAUGAAGUGAACUUAAUGAUUUUUUUUCUUGCUGAAAUAUAUUUUAAGUGUCUAUCCACACGUACAGUAUCCUGCGCAUAUUUGAAGCGCAGGAUUUGAAGCUGCAGAUUUGAUGCUGUGCUCAAGUAAUUUAGUUUACAUUAAUAAAUGCAGCAUAAAAUCUGCAACUUCAAAUCCUGCGCAUCAAAUAUGUGCAGGAUACUGAAUGUGUGAAUGCAACCUAAAUCUAAUUCUGUUGUACAUCAUCUUGUCAAUGUUUCUACAAGAAAAUACAAAUGCAUAUCUUUCUUUCUUUCUAACACUUUGAUAAGGCCUGUAUAAUUUUUUGACACCUUACCCUAGAAAUAUACAAAACCAGCUACAAGAGGUGCACUUUUCAUUUAGCACAAUGUUUGUCAUCUUAUGGUAGCCCAUAAAAAGCAGGACACUGUUUUAGGUUUAAAAGCAGACCUUUUUUUCCCCCUAAUCCUGAACAUCAUCUUGAAGGUAAUAAUAAUAGUAGUGAAACAAUACGUUACCUUUCUCGCUCCCUGGCUGUUCUUUCUCAGCUUAGUCAUCCUUGGCCAAUAAGUUUUUCUCUAGCUUAAAGGGGUACUCCGCUUCUUAACAUCUUAUACUCUAUACAAAGGAUAGGGGAUAAGAUGACUGAUCGCAGGGGUUCUUCGCUGGGACGCCCCCUGCAAUCUCCCGCACGGCACCCCAGUCAUCCGGUGCACGGAGUGACCUCCGCUCCAUGCUGGAUGAGUGGGGGGGGGGGGGGGGGCACAGCAGUAACGCCUCCUACAUUCAUGUCUGUGGAAUGAGGAGUGAAAGCUAUGUACUAGCAGUCAUGCCCCUACUCACAGUCAUGAAUGGAGGGGGCAUGUUGAGAGCGCCGCAAAGAUCGCAGGGGGGUCCCAGCGUCUGGACCCUGCACGAUCAUACAUUUUAUCCCUUAUGCUUUGGAUAGGGGAUAAGAUGUUUAGAGGGGAAGUACCCUUUUAAGUAGCUUAAGCUUUGAAUGUGGGGCAAAAACUAUGGUAAAACCAUGCCCACAUGCAGUCACCAGUGGUUAAGGAUAGCCAUUCAAUUACUGACACAAAGGCCCAAAAGGAGUUAUCCAGGAAAAAACUUUUUUUUUUUAUAUAUCAACUGGCUCCAGAAAGUUAAAACAGAUUUGUAAAUUACUUCUAUAAAAAAAAAAGCUUAAUCCUUUCAGUACUUAUGAGCUGAUGAAGUUGAGUUGUUCUUUUCUGUCUAAGUGCUCUCUGAUGACACCUCUCGGGAACCGCCCAGUUUAGAAGCAAAUCCCCAUAGCAAACCUCUUCUACUCUGUGGAGUUCCUGAGACAAGCAGAGUUGUCAGCAGAGAGCACUGUUGCAAGACAGAAAACAUCAACUCCACUUCAGCAGCUGAUUAUUGAAAGGAUUAAGAUUUUUUUUAAUCAAAGUCAUUUACAAAUUGUUUAACUUUCUGGAGCCAGUUGAUAUAUAAAAAAAAGUUUUUUUCCUGGAAUACCCCUUUAAAGUUUAAAAAAAAAAUUGUCUAACAAAUUAUUUCAUUGAGAGAAUGUGUAGAGGAAUGCUUUACACAUUUGAAUACUUUUUGCUAAUUUUUGGGAAUAGGUUGACUUUUAAAUAAAUUAUACCCUUUUUUUCCAAGUAUUGUUUAUGCUACAUAAUUUAUAGAUUCAGUACAAUAUAUAUAUUCCACCAGUAGCAUCAGAGGCUUAGAACAUCUUAGAAGUACAAAACAAGAUAACAUUUGUGAGGUGGAAAACCUAAAGCCCAAAUCCAUAGACAGAACAGAAUUUGAUGUCAGCAACUUUCUCAAGUGGUACCCCUUUUCUGCACUGGUAUUUGUCUUUUUUUUUAUGUCAUUUAUAAAUCCACUAAUAUUAUUUUCUGUCUCAAUGACCGCAGUCCAAUUAGGACAAUUUUUUUUUUCUAUUAACCUCCUAUGCUUUCUCAUAUAUUUGGUGACUAAAGUGGUAACCUAAUUGUUUUGUCAACAGUAGGACACUUCCAGGCAGUGCAACAGAGAGGUGGUAACUAUAAAAUAAAGUACAAUAAGAGAUUGUGUGAGCUAGCGAUCGUGUGAAAGUAUACAAUUGAGUGUAAGUAUAAAAGUGAGGGGGGGGGACUCAAAAUUAAGGGACUUUAAAUUCAGGGAGUUUAAUUGAAAUAUUUGCUACUGUUUAUUUUUACAAGCCGCAAAACCAAGAUGGCCUCCAUGUUGGAAAAUGCAGUCCAGUGUACAUCUUGCAUGAUUUAUGCAAUCCUUGAACACCAGUUUGAGGGUGCAUAUUGUUGUGUGAGAGUUGUUCAUUUGUAAGCCAAGAUCCUGGAUCUAGAGGAGCAACUGGCAACACUGAGUCGCAUUGACAACUUGUAGAGGAGUCUCCUGCUCACUGAGCAAGCACUCUUGGUGAUAGAGGUGGGGAGGAUAUCGGGAUGUAGGUGCAGGACAGUCAGGCUGGGUAACUGCUAGAAAACCAGGUAGAGGGAAAAGUGAACUGGCACACCCCAACAAGUUUGCCCGGUUGGCAGAUGAGUGGGAUGUCAUUUCAGAGCUAGCAGUACUGCAGCAGGACUCGACCUCUGACCGCCUGGGGGGUGUCUGCUCCAAUAAGGAGGGAGGGAGGGGUGCAGGGUAGGCCAUACAUGUACUGGUAGUGGGGGAUUCAAUUAUUAGUGGGACAGACAGGGCGAUCUGUCACAAAGACCGGGAUUGCCGAACAGUGUGUUUAAACUAGGGACUGUUUAAACUAGGGACUGGGGGGAGGGAACCUACAACACAGAGGGGGAAGAUAGUGUAGAUAAAGAGGUGGGACUAAUUUAAUGUACUUGGGGGUGGAGCGGAGGGAGGCGUUAGAAUAGUUAAUAGGGAUAGGCUUCAUAGGAAAAAAACAUACACCUUUGAAUUGCAUGUUGACGAAUGCCAGAAGUAAAUAAAACCAAUAAAACUGAAGAACUGGAGUUGAUAAUUCCCUGGUUGAACUUAA